AUGGCGAUUUUGUGGCACUUGCUACUCGUUUUGGCGUCAGUUGCCGUGGCGCAUGAUGUCCCUCAUUAUUCAAAUAAGAUUGCUAAGCGGGGUCUUUACAUCCGAGAGCAAACAGCCUCAAGCAAUUUCGCCACGAAAGUACCAGUUAUUGACCUAGGAUAUGCUCGUUAUGAGGGUUAUUAUGACUCCUCAUUCGACAUCUUCAGCUACAGAGGUGUACCCAACUAUACGUUCGAGAAAGACGCCAUGGGUGAUGAGGAUUGUCUAUUUCUGAAUGUGUUUACUCCUGCCAACAAGACUCGGCUACCGGUGCUGUUCUGGAUUCAUGGUGGCGGAUAUGGCCAGGACUGGGCUGCCAACUAUGAUUUUUCGCACAUGGCCAAGACGGUAGGCAACGGCUUUGUGACAGUCAUCAUCCAGUACCGGCUCGGCGCUUUUGGCUUUGCCUCGUCAGCUGAGAUUGGUCAUUUCGGGGUACCCAACGCCGGCAUUCACGAUAUGCGAUUUGCUUUGGAAUGGGUGCAGGACUACAUCCAUCUCUUUGGAGGCGACCCUGCUCGCGUCACCAUCGCUGGAGAGUCUGCCGGUGGAGGUGGUGUGAUGCUCAUGACGAUGGCCCACAGCGGCUCUGAUGAAACCUUGUUUCAACGCGCCAUUGUAUCGAGCCCGUAUCUGCCCACUCAGUGGGAUCAUGAUGAUAUGCAACCUUCUCAGGCAUACUAUGAUUUGGCUACCAAAGCCGGAUGCCUGGAUGUUAGGACCACAAAGAACGGGAGCGUUUUUACUUGCUUACAAAAUGUUGACAGCAAUACCCUCCAGAACGCUAGCGCGUUUGUGAGUAUGGGAGCCAGGUGGGGUCAGUGGGCUUUCCUGCCUGUGACUGAUGGCAAAUUCAUCACGCAAAGGCCGACGGAGCAGCUUUUGAAGGGUCAAGUGAAUGGGAAGGCUAUUCUCUCAGGAAACAACGCCAAUGAGGGGACACUGUUCGUCCCAACAGACAUUACUGCUCGGGACAAGCUUAUAUCUCUCACACGACGGAGCUAUCCGCUGUUGACAGACGCAAACAUGAGUGCCAUCUUGGAGAUUUAUGAUAUUGAAGAUGAAUCCGUCUCGGGCUCAUUGUACCCGACCAACGGGUUGACUGCUCCAUUCGCUACGAGCCAUUCAGAAAUCGCCUCAGGAUGGCUACAGGCGGCGUACAACCUCUACGCGGAGGUCACAUUCGUCUGCCCCGCCAUGUGGCUCGCGGACGCUUUUGCCCUCAACAGUGACACUGCGGGUGGAGGGAAACAGGCAUGGCGUUACCAGUAUUCGCCACCGCCGUCUUUCCACGAUGAUGACCUAGACGUUCUCAUGAAAGACGUGCAAGGAACUAACGACACUGACGGCGCCGACGAGAGCGUCGGGUUUAGAAUCGCGUUCCAGAGCAUGUGGGGUCGGUUCGUGAUCGACGGAGACCCCACUCUGACCGACGAUGUCGCGCGGGCAGUCAGUCAAGUCGGUGAAGAUGUCUCUGCGGCGCAAAAGUCCCAGUGGCUGCCGUGGGGGUCGAUGAACACGCGACUGAACGGCUCGACGCACGCCAUGCUGAACCUGAACCUGACAAGUCCUGAGAGUGGGAAAGCUAACUUCCGAGUCGUCGAUGGCUUGUCUUGGGAAGGGGGAAGAGGAAAUAGGUGUAAGCUGUGGGCGGAUCUGGGUUACUGGAUUCAGUCAUAA